AUGGCGGAACCGAGUCGAAACGGCGGCGCUUCAGCAUUCUUAUCGGAAACCGGGAUUCCGACCGGUUUGAACCGGAUAAAGACGCGGCGGGUCGACGCCAGCUCGUUGGCUGAAGAUUCUGACCACUUCCAUGACUCGCCCGGCGGCGAAAUUCCAAUCGCGGGAGCUCAAGUGAAGCCGAAGCUCAAGGCUCCGACGAAGGGAGAUGUGAAAUUCGGCCGCGCUAAAGAAGGAUUUCGCAAAGCGAGGAAGAUAGCACGGUGGUUUACAUCUUCUUCUUUUAAGGAUUCUGAUCAAGAUUUACGUAAUUACCCAAGCACCAAGCCUACUGCUUUGGAGUGUAACCGCCGUGAAAAGGAUUUUCGAAGAAAAGUUCGCAAGAUGCGGAAGAAUUUAACUGGGGAUCCACCAAAAGUCAUACCUGCUUAUAAGGUCUCCAAAUAUAUAAAAAGUUUUUCACACGAAUUGGGUCCGAAGGGUGGCAUUCAACCUACCCAUCCAAGGGCGCACAGCUUUAAUGAUUUGAAGGAGCUCAUGGGAUCACUACGUUCGAGAUUUGAUGCUGCAAAAGAAGUUGUAGACAUAGAACUUCGUUGUUUUUCACAGGAGAUACUGGACGUUCUGCAGAAAGAUGAUACCCUGAGACCAGAUAUAUGUAUAAUGGCAGAGGAACUUUUACUUCUUGUCCAGCAAUGUAUUUCCAUGUCUUCCUUAGACUUCAAAAUAAAAUGUGAAACAAUUGUCCAGGACUUGACUGUAAAGAGACAGAAAUGUGAAGCAGGAUUGUUGAAAGUAUUACUCACACGCAUGCUUUUCAUUUUGACUCGAUGUACAAGAUUGCUGCAUUUUGAGAAGGAUAAUGGCCGUGUGAAUGAGCAGUCACUGGACAAAUUCAGAGAAUGUUUGAAAAGGAUUCCCUCAGUUGACAGGAAUUGGGUUGUGAAUAAGGGCUUUGCAGAUUCUGACGUAGGUUUUGUCAUAGAACAAGGUAAUGCCAAGGAACAAUUUCAAGGAAAAAAUCAUACGGGUGUUCCUUUCCAGGCGAAUGAGAGCAGGUUCAAGGAGCCUGCCGAGAAGCAGGAAGAAGAAAUCAGAAAGAAUCAGAUGUCUAUUGAACAAAAAAGAUCUCAAAAUGCAUUCACUGAUGUUUCAUAUCCUGAGCCAUCUGAUAGAACUGAUGACAUGCUUCAGAUGGAAUCCGCAAAUAGAAAGAAAGAGAACUAUUCAGAUGAUUCAAAUUUAGUUAUUUGCCGGAUUUGUGAAGAAUUCGUUCCUGCUGUUCACUUGGAGCCACAUUCCUAUAUAUGUGCGUUUGCAGACAAAUGGGUUUCCAACCAUCUGGAUGUGAAUGAUCGCCUCUUGAAGCUUUCGGAGUUAUUGGAGCACUUGUUGGAGUUGCGGAAUUCAGGGAAUCAUGAAACCUACAUGAACCCUGAGAUUUUGAGAACACGACCCAGUAACUCUACCCUGACAGCAGAAACUCACUCACCAAAGAGCAAUGAGUGGCGAAGUAAGGGGAUGGAUGGAAUGUUGGAGUAUCUACAUGAGAUGGACACUGCCUGCAUUGACGACUCUCAUCUUGCAAACUUGGUGAGCUUGAAGAGCCACUUGCUGAACAAGGUAAAUCAAUAUGGUUCGCCAUCCUCGAAUGGGAGCAUGACGUCCACAUCAUCCACAAAUAGCCCUCGGGGAAAUAUCGACAUCUUUUGGUUGGACCAAAGUAAUUUGUCGGAACAAGAAGACAUGCAGCAGAUGCAUGACCUUGCUGAUAUUGCUCGAUGCGUGGCAGGGACUGAUCUUUCUGGAGAAGGGUCAAGUGAGUUUUUGCUUGCCUGCAUGCACGACUUGAAAGAGGUUUUACAACAUAGCAAGUACAGUGCUCUUCUAGUAGAUACUUUUGGUGGCCGAAUAGAAAGCCUUCUGAGGGAGAAAUAUAUACUUGCUUGUAAUCAAGUGGAUACAAUUGAUGAUGCUGGACAUCCAGAAAGUGCAAGAACUUUGAUGGAUAGUGCAUCUCAGAGUAGUACAACAUCAACACCUUCACAUCCUGCACAUAAAGAACGUACAAGCAUUGACGACUUUGACAUUAUAAAACCCAUCAGCAGAGGAGCCUAUGGAAAAGUCUUUCUGGCUAGAAAGCGGAUUACAGGAGAUCUGUUUGCUAUUAAGGUGCUCAAGAAAUUGGAUAUGUUACGGAAGAAUGAUAUUGAUCGCAUAUUGGCCGAGCGUAAUAUAUUAAUCACAGUGCGAAACCCUUUUGUGGUUCGUUUUUUUUACUCCUUUACCAGCAGAGACAACCUUUAUUUGGUCAUGGAAUAUCUCAAUGGUGGAGAUUUAUACUCUUUGCUAAAAAUGAUUGGUUGCCUUGAAGAAGAUGUUGCUCGUAUCUACAUCGCUGAACUGGUGCUUGCACUAGAAUACCUUCAUUCUCUUGGAAUUGUACAUCGUGAUCUGAAACCAGACAACAUAUUAAUUGCCCAUGAUGGGCAUAUCAAGCUUACUGACUUUGGAUUGUCGAAAAUUGGCCUGAUGAAUUGCACUAAUGAGCUAUCCUCGCGAGAGACGGAUAAAAACUACAAUUUUGAUAUAAAUGGUCAACACAACGCAGACAAAUUGGACGGUGACCAGUCAGCUGUUGGUACCCCUGACUACUUGGCACCUGAAAUUCUUCUUGGAACAGAACAUGGUAUUGCUGCAGAUUGGUGGUCAGUAGGAAUCAUCUUGUUUGAAUUUAUAAGUGGAAUCCCUCCUUUCAAUGCUGAUCAUCCAGAGAAUAUCUUCGACAACAUUCUAAACAGAAAAAUUCCCUGGCCAUCAGUUCCUGAUGAGAUGUCUUGUGAGGCUCAAGAUCUGAUUGACAGGCUUCUUGUUCACAACCCAGAUGAGCGGCUAGGAGCAAAAGGAGCAUCCGAGGUAAAAGCACAUUCCUUUUUCUCAGGAGUGGAUUGGGAUAAUCUAACCUUACAAAAGGCUGCAUUUGUACCACAGCCCGAGCGUAUGGAUGAUACUAGUUACUUUGUUUCUCGAUAUAAUUCCAGUGGAACUGAAGUCGAUCAAAGUUCUAUGGAUUCAGAUUCUGACAGCAUAGAAUUGCAAACACAUACUGGACGAGAGAAGAUGGACAAAUGUGGUGAUCUUGCCCAGUUCGAUUCCUCACCGCUUGAUCUCUCUUUGAUGAAUUUCUCUUUCAAGAAUUUGUCUCAGCUGGCGUCCAUUAACCAGGAUGUGUUGUUGCAGAGUGUGAAGGAAACACCAAAGUGCUCCUCCCCAUGCAAAGGCCCGAACCCGAACGCGAACCGGCAUUGA